AUGCCGAUCAACCCGACCCGAUUCUUCCACAUCUCUCAUAUCCAUGUUCCAACCCAUGGUUUCUCAGCAAACACCUCAUCUCUUGGCAACGAAGCCGCCUUCGGUGAAGCAGGGGAGCGGGACAUGAACUACGAAAGAAAGCUCAAGAGAAUGAUAUCCAACAGGGAGUCUGCAAGGAGGUCGCGAAUGCGUAAGAAGAAGCAGAUUGAAGAGCUGCAGUAUCAGGUGGAUCAGCUCCAUUCUACCAAUCGCCAGCUCUCGGAGAAGCUCAUCCAACUGUUAGAAGGCAACCAACAGAUCCUCCAGGAGAAUGCUCAGCUGAAGGAGAGAGUCUCUUCCCUUCAAAUCAUCCUUGCCGAUCUCAUUGCACCUCUGAGGAUUGAGGGAGAUGUCACCGUUAACACAAAUGGCAAUCAGCUUACAGCCGAAGAUUCAAGCACGCCAUGA